UUUGGAUGCGAUCCGCCAACCAAAUUCCAAAGGCUUAACGGAAGUAAACAUGACCAAGAACAAUUUUCACUUUUGCGUUUGUCAUUUAGACAUUUUAACAACCAUGGAAUUUAAAAUAUGACGAAUUUAACUGCACAGCACUAAAUACUUACCACAGAUAAUAUUUAAUUCGCGUUGGAGACAGGAUUUGGAUGAUAGUAAGUAACGCUAUGAUAUCUAGUAAGUAACGCUAGCUGCUAACAAUGGCCACGGGUUUUCACACUCAAAUAGCCUCCAUCAUGGAGGUGCUUGCGAAUGCAGCCGUGGCAGAGAUCUGUAAACUCGUAGACGACGACUAUGCAGUGUUUCGUUUGGAAAUAACUCAAAGCCAGAAAGAAAACAGGGAAUUGCAGAGGAAACUUCAGCUAAUCGAACUGAAGGUGGCACGGGAGCGCGCAGAGAAGACAAUGCGAGAGCGCGUCCUCGCUAGUCGUCCCAGAAGUGUCAAGAACCUCGACCGAUACAGAGGAAUGGCAAGAGGUGAAGGACAUCUCACUGGAGGCCACAGGAGCUUUGUGAAGCCAGCGGGACACAAUACAUGGCGAGAUGACCAACCAAUCACUGUUGAUGAGGGGAGUGGAACCUCAACCCAGCACGUUAUUGUUAUAGAGUCUGAAGAUGCAAGUCCUGGGGUCAAGCUGGAGAGGUCUGAAGGAGAGGAGGACCCACUGCACAGCAGAGACAUCCAGACUGGAGUGGCUGGAGUAGCCCCCCCUGUAGCCACGGAGGACCCCACCACUGCCCCAGAGCUGCCCAGGCCCCGACGUAGCAUCACGGAGGAGGAGGAGGGUCCAGAGGUGCUGCUGGUGAAGGAGGAGGGGUGUGAGGAGGGUCUGGGGAACCCUGAGGGGACCAUGGUCAUGGAGGAUAACCAGACUACACCUCCUGAAACCACAGAGGAACCAGCUGAGCAGCACAGGACCACACACAGUCUCACUGAGUCAGUAGACAUGGAGGAUGGGAAGCCUGAUCUGCUGCUGGUCAAAGAGGAGACAAUAGAAGAUGGACCAGUGAGCAUUGAUCUGCUGAGUGGACAAAAGAUGGGGCAGCAAGGUGGUUGGCUGGAGGCUAACAGAGGAGACUGGACGGACAUUUUGGAUUCCCAGACCGAUGCAGUUAAGGGCCCAGGGGAGAACGUCACUGAGCAGGCCAGGACCAGAGGUGACAUAGUAGAUGUCUGUGGAUGGGACAGCGUCCUCAACUCUGGGCCUGGGAUCAACACUGUUAACUACAACCAGAAACAGACAGCCAAACACAAAACCACAACUGAAUUUAGUCUCCAUGACAACAGACUGGCUGAGACCACAGCGAGGCGUAGAUUUGGUCAGCGGGGACGGGGAGGUGUCUGUAUGAGAACACACACAGACUCGGCUAGCGAUGCUCCGUCCUGCUCCUAUAGUUGUGAUUCAGAGAGACUGAUGGAACCUCAGGUUAACCCCACAACAGGUGCUGCCUUCAACCUGCCUUCUAUUGGAUCUAUCAACUGGAACAUGGACCCUGCCACAACACAAACACUCCCUGGCCUUCAUCCUCCUCACACUCUCCUAAUGUUAAACCAGACCUCAGACAAUGCUUCAACACUAAAUGACUACACAAGCCCAUUGACAAAUGACAGUAGUAGAGACGGAAUCAGUAAAAAGAAGCGCUUCCCGUGUUCGUUCUGUGGGAAAGCUUUCAGUUCCCCCAAACAGGUGGAGAUCCACCAGAGGGUACACACGGGGGAGAAACCGUUCGGCUGCCACCUGUGCCGGGCCCAUUUCUCCCGAUCGACCCACCUGAAGAGGCACCAGAGGGUCCACACAGGGGAGAAACCCUACAGCUGCCCCCAGUGUGAGAAGAGGUUCUCCCACCAGCACCAUCUGAAAAUCCACCUGAAUGUCCAUACGGGAGAAUGGCCAUUUGCCUGUACGCACUGUGGAAAGAGGUUCUCACAGAGGAGCUACCUCAGGACACACCAGCAGAAAAACCAUUCCACUCUAUAACAUAGAAAGUAACCAUUCCACUCGAUAGCUUCUGACAUUUAGAUCAACCCCUGCAUUAAAGACAAAGAUGAAUUUUCAGUGUUGUCAGCAGAAAAGAUCCACAGAUGCCUUUGGAAUAACGGGAGUAACAGAUUUCAGUGUUGAAUAUCCCUGGGUAGAAUAUUGUAUCCAGAGGUCUGUUACAUAUUGUUUGUACUGUGUAGGUUAUAUGAUGUUCACAAAUGUCUAUUUCUUUGCUUCCAUUCAACUACUUACACUGAACAAAAAUAUAAAUGCAACAAUUUCAAAGAGUCAUAGGUCAUAUAAGGAAAUAUGUAAAUUUAAAUAAAUAAAUUAGGCCCGAUCAAUGGAUUUCACAUGACUGGGCAGGGGUGCAGCCAUGGAUGGGCCUGAGAGGGCAUAGGCCCACCCACUGGGGAGCCAGGCCCAGGUAAUCAGAAUGAGUUUUUCCCCACAAAAGGGCUUUAUUACAGACAGAAACACUCAUCAGUUUCAUCAGCUUUCCAGGUGGCAGUUCUCAGACUAUCCCGCAUGUGAAGAAGCCAGAUGUGUAGGUCCUGGGCUGGCAAUGUUUACACGUGGUUUUCGGUUGUGAGGCCGGUUGGACGUACUGCUAAAUUCUCUAAAACAACGUUGGAUGCGGCAUAUGGUAGAGAAAUGAACAUUCAAUUAUCUGGCAACAGCUCUGGUUUACAUUCCUGCAGUCAGCAUGCCAAUCGCACUCCCCCUCAAAGAUUUUGACAUCUGUGGCGGUGUGACAAAACUGCACAUUUUAGAGUGGCCUUUAAUUGUCCCCAGCACAAGGUGCACCUUUGUAAUGAUCAUUCUAUUUAAUCAGAUUCUUGAUAUGCCUCACCUGUCAGGUGGAUGGAUUAUCUUGGCAAAGGAGAAAUGCUCACUGACAGGGAUGUAAACAAUUUGUGCACAACAUUUUUGACAAAUAAGCUUUUUGUGCAUAAGGACAAUAUCAGGGAGCUUUUAUUUCAGCUCAUGAAACAUGGGACCAACACAUUGCAAUGUUCAUAUGGUGUAUUUAAAAUGCUUAUUUUUAAUAAAAACAAAAUGGAACUUCUAA